AUGGUGCGACUUAUCGACCCUUCAAAGCCGCAAGAGAUGGAUGAGAUUUCAGCCCGCACAGGACAGAGCCAAGCCACUUCUUCAAGCGAUGAAGAAUCCAAUCAAACGAAUGGAAUAGCUUCCAAGAGAGCUAUUCCAGGCACAAAGGCUGCAAUAUCCAACGCGACAGAGCGUUUCAAUCAUGGGAUUUGGAUUGAGCCAUCAGUCAAAGAGUCUGACUUGGAUUGGAGACCUAGUGAUGAGCAGUGGCUAUUUGCUAAUGAUAUCGGUUGGGGAGAUAGUGCAGUCUCGCAAAGAAUCGAGAACAAGAUGUUCAAGCUUCUUCCGAAGGAAGUUGAGGGAGCGGAGAAGAAAGAGGUAAAACAGAGGGCAACUAUCAGAAAGCGAAAGGCAAUGAGUAUACCUGAGUCUGAUUCAACGAACGAGACGCCUGAGAGUACAGAUAGACGAAGUCAGAGAGCACGCAAAAAGGUCACAACAUAUAAUGACAGGGCUUUAGCUAAGAUAGCUGUAUUCAGAAACGAGUAUCAGAGCGAUAGUGAUGCUCCAGAAGACACGGUCCGGCAACAAAAAUCGUCACCGAAACAGCCUCAGAUAGCUAUGGAAGAUCCAGUCAGUUCGCCUGCUAGAUCAGAAUCUGAGUCACCGAGCAGGGAGCCUGAAAUCAUUGAGAGACGAAGUGGACGAGCACGUACAAACGUCAAAACUUACAAUACCAAGAUUCUGGCUGGAACAGCUAUACAUACUCCGGCGAAGUACAUGGGAAAUCACACUCCAGGGGUUGAAUCACGGCGGCUAAGUCUGUUAUCUGGACGGCCUCGAAGAAAGGAAAAGGAUUGA